AUGGCUGCAGCCUCAACAACCAACAGAUCUCCUCCAAAUAUGGUUGUACCGCCAAUCAUAUCGACAGGAGGAAGUGAAAGAACACCUGUUGGACAAGGAAAAUCAGUCUCUAUUUCCGGCAUGACAGCUGAUGUCGGCUCAAGGAGUACUGCAGCACCAGCAGACAACCGCAGUCUUGCAAGAGAGCCGCACAGAAUCCGAAUAAAUGCACAAAACAAUGGUUUCUCUUCCGAAAGAGAGAGGAUGAUUUUAAUGCGUACCAUCUCACACCUUAGAAAAGAGGAAAUAUUGACCGAUAAACAGCAGAAAUCAACUCCUGCCACGCAAAGGCAUGUGCCAGACGAAGAGGAUGAUGACGAACAGUCUGCAAGACCAUUUCAUCAUUCUGAGCUAGCAUCACCGCCUUGUUACUCUAAUAAUAACAGAUCUGGAUUCUCACGACUUUCACUCGAUGUCAGAAGGUCAAGGGCUAUGUCAGCAAGUGAUUCAAGUCCUUACGGCGAUCCGCCUCAUAGCGGGAAUGGUACUUCAAACGAUCGAAGAUGGUUCUCAAGGAGUCAAUUUGACUUAUCAACUCCGAUUGCUGGCAAUCGUGAAGCGGGCGAUAAUUCACCUACUUCACCGCGCUUUACGCCUCAAGCAGGAACGUUGACAGAUGGCGUUUUACAGGCUAAAGCUCGGGUUGCUGCCAUGGCUUCUGCUAAAUUACGCAGAUUCAGUUUUGCCAAUUUGCCAAAGAUGAAUUCAAAAAAGUCGGGAAAUGUUUCCGUUCAAAAAGAUAUACAUCAAAGUUCAAUCGAAAAGGGCAAGCAAAGAGCAAUGCCAAUAGAGCAAAUUUCAGUAACAGAUGUUGAGCCUCAAAAUGGCGACAUACGUAUCGCAACCCACGAUGCAAAUUCAGACGUUUCAAUUUCCGCUCUAGAAUCUGCAGAAAGCGGAGUGCCUUUCGCCAGGCCCGAGGAAGAUGAAACCCGUCGUGAUAGCGAUGCGCCUUCUAGCUUCAGUUCAACUGAGCCCAGCACAAGUAGCGAAGACGGAGCAAGUAGUGUGCAAAGCAGCAUGAACCCAAGCAGACAAAAUAGUGAAACCCGCCCUUCAAUAGCUCAAAGCACUUCAGCAACAUCAGCAAAUGAACAUUCUCCACAAAUCUCUGCGUCAUCGAACGGUAGUGAUGAGAUUGCAGAAGAUGACGGUAUUCAAUGGGCAACACCAUCUGAAUCCGUGCAUAAUCAAAUCAAUCCAUUUGAUAAGAAAAAGCAAUUAACAAAGGCAGAUAACGGUGAGUAA